CCUAAAACGAAAGCAAUCAUUUUAUAUUAAUUAAUUAGGAUUGCAAACAAAGAUAUAUAUUCUAAUAUUGCCUUGGAGAAACUUAGUUACAUAUGAAUAUUUAUUUGGUUUUACCAACAAAGUAUGAUUUUAUUAUUUUUUUUACAUUUAUUUAUCAAUGUAUAUUUUAAUUGAUCUAAUAAUGCGUAUCUGAAAUAAAAUAAAAAUAAAGCCUAAUUAAUUCACCUUCAACUAUGCUUUCCCUUCCAGGUAUUGCAUUUUUUCUAUAGACUGUUUUUAAAUUUGAUAGCCUGAAAUAAUCAAUUUUGUUUGGAGAUGGCUGUUGCUUUUGGAAAUUUUAGAAAUAAAAGUCAAUUGUUCAGCAAAUGGAGGCGGUAGAAUUGGAAUAAGGGAACGAAAGCCCUCCUUCCAACCCGAAGGUAACCAUGGUUCAUCAUGCUAAGCUUCAUCAGCCACGAGGACAAUCUCUAUCUACAGGAAAGAGCGGAAACCUUACUGAUCAUCUGUCAAUCCUGAGGGGAAUCUGGUAUACAGGAUGUCCCGGAAAUGUGGAAAAUCUCUCGGAUUCAGGUAAACCACAACAAGAAGCCGAGGGCAACAUCAGAGGACUGUGCAGAUCAAAAAGACAAAGAACACCCUCGGAUAAAAGAAAGUCAUUAUCCACAUUAUUUACAAUUAACAUCUUAAUCAUUAUAUCUGUAUUAUUUAGCUUGAAUAUUAAACUCGAGAAAAUGGACAAGUGCUAGGGUAGCUUACAUUUUAUGAAAAGUGCUAACUAAAAAUGUAAUCUAAUAUCCAUUUAUCGAUGAGCCAAAUUACUGUGACAUGAGAGUUACUAAACACGUGUACUUAACACGUAUUGGCCGCUCGCGGACAAACGGCUUUACAAACUGCUAUAAGUCGACAUGGAUUGGUAAACAAAUGAAUUGGCAAUUUUAGGAAUGUCACAUAUGGAUUUAAUGAUCAUAUAAAUUUUUUAAAGAA